AUGCCUCCUAAACGGAAACGUCGAGGGCUACGAGUUAAACCGAUAAACGUACGAGAUUCGAAACGAAAAGCAUUGGACCGAGAAAUCAAAUUCAACGCUAUGAAUACCGAACGUCAUUUACGUCUUUGGCGAGAGAUACUCGUGAGAAUGGAAAUGCCGGAUAUCUGGAAAAAAGUCGAAAUAAUUUGGGAGAGCUUGGAGCAUGCCCUUGAUGUCAAGGACUACAGUAUCAGUCUACUGUUGGAUGCUUUGCAAGAAACCGAGGAUCAACGACGAAAAACCAAUGGUGUUCACACGGAGGUGAUUGACCGAUCCUUGAGAGCACACGGAUCGCGCUUAGAAGCCGUUGACACGUUUUUCCAUGGACAUAUCGAAACGAUAUUCGUUGACAAAACUCACGAAUUUGAGGAUAUAAAUUACAGCCGAAACAAGGAUGAGACUACAUUACGGAAAAUCAAUGUUCUUAUCAACUACCGAUCUGAAAAUAAAUUAACCAUUGCGAAGAGCACUGCGAUAAGUAAAGUGAACGCGUUUGUGGACGACGGGAAAAACGAAAGAAGAUUGGUUACGGCACAACUUCAAAAACAACUCGAAGAUCUCGGGGACAAAUUGCGAAGCGUUUUCUCUGAUUAUCGUACAAACACGGACGAACGAAGAAAAGCUUACGAGAUUAUUCAGAGAAAAGAUAAAUCUGACCGCCAAGCAAUUAUCGAGCAAAAUCUGCGAAUCGCGUGUCUUCUCGAUGAGAUUGCCAAAUUCCGUGAAAAAAUUCAUUCUUACAGAAGGGAUGUCGCGAACGAAUUGCACGAUAUCAGACGGGAGUCCUAUUUCUUUCGUAACACCUAUCGACAAGCUACCAAGUGCUUCGUCUCUGAUCACAAGAAAGAUAAGCAAAGAACAAUGACGAUGUCCAGCGAAUACAACUGUACCGCGAAGCAACUAAGAGACUUGACGAUGAAGGCUGGACGUAUGCUCACGUACAUGCAAACCUGUCGAAAGUACGAAACGCAAGAUGAGAAAAUACUUCCAGUGAUCGUCGAUCAUCAUGUACAUGCAACGCUGGACGAUGUUUUACCAUUCGAUUUAGUUACGGAAGAUUUUCAAACUUUAAUACGUUUCUGGCAACGUUUCGGCUUUUCCCAAUUAAUCGCUGCAGAAUUGCGUAUAGAAAGGAAUCUGUACGCAACGGAGGCCAACAAUUUGCGCAAAUCUGUAAAACAUUUUUUUCGACAGGCAUCGUAUUCUAUGUUUCCUAGUUCUCAAUGA